CAAUUGUGGUAAAAGAAAAGAAAAAAGAUAGAGACAAAAUAUAUAUGCCAAGUAGAUGUGUGAGCGAGGUAAACGAAAUUAGUGUUGUUGUCUUGUUGGUGUGCGUGUGUGUGUGAAACAACAACAACCGAAGAGAAGGCUCCUUGUCUCUGACUCUGUGUCUGCGUGUGCACUCAUCACCAUCUUAUCUUCAUUCGCUUCUGUGUUAGUACGUACGUUUUCUCUUUUUUUCAGAUCACAAAAUGCUCCCUCUGACUCUCUUAAUUUCCCCUUAUUAUUAUUAGCUCCACUGAAGAGGGUAUUCAAAUCAAUUUCCCAUGUUAUUUUUCCCCCCUUUACAACACCAAAGGUGUUUUUCUAAAGGUGUUACCCUAAUAAAUUGAUGUGCUAAGAGGAAGAUGCAUGAAUUCUCUACAGUUGAUGGUUUUGUGGAGAUAAGUGAAUGCAUGGCGGAUAUGAUCAAGUAUGUCGCUAACGAACCGUCCGUGGGGCUUUACUUUAUCCAACAACAUGCUCAAAAUGCAGUGCCGAAUGUCAUCAAAGCUGACAAAAAUAUCGUCGAAAAGGUUCACGAAACAACUUUGCACACUGAAGACUUGGAGGACUCUAUUACAGCAGUUCGAUCAAUGAAAGAGUGUGGAUUUUCCAUAGUUGAUGAGAUGAUAGGAGAUAUAAACAAAUCUCUGGAAAUUAUGAAAACAAAAAGAGGGUUAAUCCAUUCAUCAACAUCAACACCAAAGUCUCAGUCAGAAAGAACUAGUUUUUGGGGUAAUCAUGCAUUUCAUGCUCAGGAAAGCGGCGAUAAAAAGAGUAGUUAUUUUUCAAAUGUUCUAAAGUCGGCAAAACAGAAAGUUAGCAAUCUCAAGUGGCAACAACCUGAUGGUAAAGGAUCCAUAGAUUCCAAGGAAGCGAAGUUACAAUAUCCUGGUUUUCCAUUAUCGAACACAGCAGGCGGCAUAACAUCUUUACAAGUAACCGAACCCGAUGAAUUGCCUGUAUCAAGUCAGGUUGAAGACGAGUCUCCACACGAACAGACCGAUGAUAGUGAUAUUAGCAUUAAAUUAUUGUCACUAUCAGAAAGAUUUGAUGAUUUCAAAGCUAUUAAAGAAGCUAAACUAGAGGAGUGGCUUGAAGGAACUAGCAACCAUGAUGAUUAUUGCGAUACGGAUGAUGAAAAAAGAGGUAAGAAGCUUCUCAAGAAUGACGAGGCGAUGAUAAUUGCAAACAGUGUCCUUUAAGGUGAAGUACUACAUUGCACACUGUUCAGCUAUGAACCACCGUGAUAAGCCCGGUUGUAGCAUGUACGCAAUUUCAAAUGAAUUAAAUUUUACUAUUUUAGUCCUUAGAGCUUUGAGAAGAUUCAAGUCUUGUAAUUACAAAAUGGACCCUGUUAUAUAGUGUGUCUGUUGAAAUGUUAAUUGUUCAGGGGUCCUUGUUUUGAGUCUAACCUAAGUCCUACAAGUGACAUUGACAGUGCAUUAGUUUUUAAGUGAUGUAUGUACAGAGAGAAUUCCAAACUACAAUUUUUUUAGUUUUGGUUGUUGAAAAUGUUGCUAGUUUUAUCAAUGCAUUGCAGUUCCUUCCCGUGUAUGAAAUAAUAUAUUUAUUUUUCUAACA